AUAAUAGGCAGGCAGCUCUUUAAGAGCCUGAUCCUGCAUCCAUUGAAGUCCCUGGGUGCUGUGUCACUGAUUGCGGUGGAGUCAGACCCUAGCAGCAACAGCACGGCAGAAAGCAUGUGCCUUCUCUCAGUAGAACCAGAGGAUGUGUAAGUUGCACUGGCUAUGCUGCUUGCCCGUGACACAGUUCAGUACCAGUGGAAGCUGCAGUGUAGACAGGACUCCAGCAUUGUUACCACCGGCCCCUCUAAUUCUAUUCUACACAGAUCUAGAUGGCGUGGUGGUUAGAAAACAAACAAAACCCAGAGUCCUGGCUAUGCCUGUGCAGCAGUAUGGCUCCACUAUUAGUCAGAAACCUGGGUUCUGUUCCUGGCCCUGACACUGAUCUGAAGUCACUUCCCCUCCCGCUCCCUUUCCGGCUUGUUCCUGGCGAUGACAAGUGCUCUGGCAGGGACUCUCUCUCACCGUGUUUGUAGAGCAUUUAGCAUAAUGGGACCUCGAGGGCAGCUGGCACUGCUGCCAUACAAACAAGUGCCAGUGCAGACAAGGCCUCAGGCAGGCAAUGUGAAAUCCACAGGGGACAAAUUCCGCUUUCCUUCCUCAGCUGACAUAUGCCCACUGCAUCCAGCACGCAGCUCAGGGCCAGGACACCUGUGCUAAGUGCCAGGGGUUUAUUAAGGAGCUUGACUUCAGUACCAACUCAGAAAGAGGAACGCCACCUUCCAGAUCAGCCAUGCCACUUUUUGCAGCACCUCUUCUGUCCUAAGACCUCCCAUUCAAGCCAGUACCAGCCUUGCUUAGCAUGCAAGAAAACAUUGCAAGGCAGUCUGGCUGCAGGAAUUCUCCAUCCCCAGAGGUUGCUGUCUCCAGCUGCCCCCAUCAGGGCUGUCCAUGCCGUCCUGACAUAGAAUCAUAGAUGUGCACGGCUGGAAGGGACCUCGAGAGGCCAUCUAUGGCAGCUCCCGUGCAGAGGUAGAACCAAGCAUACCUAGAACAGUAUCCGUUCUAGUAUCUGCUCUCCUGCUCCAUGUGUCCCAGGGACUUUACUCAUCACCUGUUCUCGGGCUGUGCCAGCAAGAGGGGGUGGCGGAUAGGGGCAUGCUCACUCAGCCGUGGCUGAAGCGCACUCUGCUGCAGUUACAUAAGAGUCGCCUGGUCGGGUCAGGUGAAUCGAACGGGUUUAACCAACGGAAGGAAAAGAGGGUUAGUUAUUCCCUGGAGCAGCGACAGCAUGGAGCUCGCGGGCCCUGCUGAUGAGAACCCCUUCAGAGAUGCCAGGAGCAUCGUCCCACCCGCACCAUCCUCCGGCUGCGGCCAGAAGAGCCGCUGCUGGAUUCGCCAGCUGAUCCCAUUCAACUUCUGGGAAGAGGCGAAGAAGCUGCUGGUGCUGUCGGGGCCACUGACCUUGGUCCAGUUGCUGGUCUUUAUGAUACACGUUGUAAGCUCUAUAUUCUGUGGCCAUCUGGGGAAGGUUGAGUUGGCCUCCGUCACGCUUGCAAUCGCUGUUAUAAAUGUUACUGGCAUCUCUGUGGGGUUUGGUUUAUCUGCAGCAUGUGAUACAUUAAUGUCCCAGACCUACGGCAGUAAGAACAUGAAGCGGGUGGGGACCAUCCUGCAGCGUAGCAUCCUCAUCCUGCUGCUUUGCUGCUUCCCCUGCUGGGCUCUCUUCAUCAACACCGAGCAGGUCCUGCUGCUGGUCCGGCAGGACCCGGAGGUCUCCAGGUUAACCCAGGUUUAUGUGAUGAUUUUUAUCCCAGCUCUUCCCGCGGCUUUUCUGUACCAGUUGGAGAUGAGAUAUUUGCAGAAUCAGAGGAUAAUCUGGCCGGAGGUGCUAAGUGGCAUUGUUGGAAAUAUCAUAAAUGCAAUUGCAAACUAUGUCUUUCUCUAUGUGCUGGACCUUGGAGUCAUGGGUUCCGCCUGGGCAAACACUAUUGCUCAGUACGCUCAAGCCAUCUUCCUGUUCCUGUACAUUGUCGCGAAGAAGCUGCAUGUGGAGACCUGGGGAGGCUGGUCCAGCGAGUGCCUCCAGGAGUGGGACACCUUCAUCACUCUGGCUGUGCCCAGCAUGCUCAUGAUAUGCAUCGAGUGGUGGACCUACGAAAUUGGAAGCUUCCUGAUAGGCCUGCUGAGCAUAGUGGAGCUUUCCGCACAAUCCAUCAUUUAUGAGGUGUCCACGAUGUCGUACAUGAUUCACUAUGGACUCUGCGUAGCCGUCAGUGUUCAGGUGGGGAACGCGCUGGGCGCUGGGAACCCAGAGGAGGCCAAGAGAUCUUCCACCACCAGCAUGCUGUGCACAGGGUUUAUUUGCCUGGUGGUGGGCGUCAUAUUAGCAGCCACAAAGGAUGUGCUGGGAUACAUAUUUACCAGUGACAGAGAGAUCAUUGCCCUGGUGUCUUGGGUCAUGCCAGUGUACGUGGCCGUCCACGUGUUUGAAGCCGGCUGUUGCGUAACCAGCGGCGUGCUAAGAGGCGUGGGGAAGCAGAAGAUCGGCGCGAUCUUGAAUGCUGUUGGCUACUACGCUGUGGGCCUGCCACUGGGAUGUGUGCUGCUGUUCGUGGCCAGGAUUGGAAUGAUAGGCCUCUGGGUCGGCUUGCUGAUCAGCGCCUUUAUCCCAGCCAGCUGCUCCAUCAUCUACAUUGCGCGGAUGAACUGGAAAAGGGCCUCCGAGGAGGCUCAGCAACGGGCAGGUGUGAGCCAGUUGGCUGGCGAGGAUUUGAACUCAGCUCCUGUCUCGCACAAGAUGUCUCUCCCCUCUGCGGAAGCGGAAGCCCCGAACGGCAUUGUUCUGACGCGCAUCACUAAGAACGAGGGUCAGACGUACCAGCUAACGCUCCAGGAAGCCACGCCUGCCCUUUCCACUGUGGGUGAAAUGCUGUCCGUGAAACAGCUGAUCCUAUGGCGCGGGCUGGCCGUCACCGCAGCUAUUGCUGUACUCGCCGUAGGCAUUCUAAUAAGGGUCAUGACUAUCCAUCACUAGCGUCACACCAGGGGUGUGGAUAAAGGGAAGGAGACCCCUUCCGGCUCACUCGGUAGCUGAAACAUGGACCCAGCUACAGAUGACUAACGCCACAGGUCCUACUGUCACAGCAAGGGCAGAGAUCCCACUUCAUCAGAAGACUAGAGCUGACCAGCACUAUGAGUUUCUCUACAUGGUGCCCUUGGAAGUGGCCACCGGCUGCUAUGGGGAUCUCAGCCCACAGCUGGCUGAACAGGCUGGAAAUACUUUGGAGGACUGCCCUCUCUACCUGCAGCAGCUCCUCAAGUGCAAGCACUGAUAACUAUCACCACAGUGAACUUGUAUUGCUUGUAAUCAGAUAGCAGCAGCAAUAGCUUGUGUGUGUACAGGACUGCUGGCAUAGUGAUUAAAUAGCAUUAAAUGAUGAAUAAAUCUCUCAAGCUGCCAGUUAGGGUAUUGCAAUGGCUCCUCUGGUCUGAAAUUCAUGUUAGUGUUUGGCUGCCACGGCAGAAGACAAUCAUUGAGCUCUAGUUAGCCGUGAACCUCUUCAGAGCAUAUUCUCACACCACUGCUGAGAGCAGAGAUUAUCUGCGUUAGAUGCAUGCUGCCUUAAAGGACUGUGCCAUAGUGGGAGAGACAGUAGUCAGGGAAGGAACAGCUUUCCACAGGAGUUUGCAUUAGCAUCAAAUCAGUUGACACAGGAACAGUGUGUGCAGAUCUUAUUCUUCCUCACCUCACAGCCUCUCUAUGGGCAGGGAGGAGAUUUCAAUAAUAGUGGUAGCUCUAGCAUGAAGCUUCCAUUAUAAUUUUGCUGGCUCCCUCCCUAACCUGUAGUCAUGCCCAGCACCAGGAUAUACUAACAGACAGAGCAUGAAAGGUUUACAUCUGUAGUAACUUACCACUCAGAGGACUGUUCAUCUCGAGGUCAAAGGGCUUUUUCUGGGGGGUAAAUAUUCCCAGUUUACAAAUGGGGAGUCGGGUGAAGAGACGUGCCUGGGAUCACACACUGAAUCAGUGGCAGAACUGCAUAUAAACCUGACUCCCCCUCAGGUACUUAUCUAUACUGCCUCCUCUAUUGAACCAACAACGCUCAAUUCAUUCCUGUUUGUCAGUCAGUGUUUAUUUAGUACUGCCAAAAUAUAUAUAUUUCACUAAACAGCAUCCAUUUACAUCUACUGAACA